AUGUUUUCCAAACUUUUGUCCAAGGAUAACACGAAUUCAGUAUCAUCAUCACUAUAUGAUCAGUCUACCAGUACUGAUGGCCCUACAUUCUCAGAAACGGCCUUGGAGGACAUAAUCGACAAUGCGGAACAGAUAAUUCAGAAAUGGAACCUGGAUGCUAGAUUCUCAACAACCAACCUUCACGACUCACAUUUCCAAUCACUUUUCACCCAAGAAAACAUCCAAGAAGCCCAGCAGUUCCUCGGCUCCAUCCGCGAUUCGCAGCAAGCGAUGCCUUUGUUACGCGCGGAAAACUCCAGGUCAGCUAUGGUUCUAAGGGCACACAAUUUAACUAAAAUUGCCAUGAAAAGGGUAGAAAAGGAAUUCCAUUAUAUACUCAAGACGUACAGGACGACGAUUCUCUCACCAGAAUCAGUUUCUCAAUCUUUUAAUGAAGAAGGAAGAUUGCACAGUGGGUUUAUUGAGUCAGAAGCGGACAAAAUCAACGAGCUCAUAAUGACAAAUAUCAGAAGUAUAGCGGAUUGUAUGAUCACCUCUGGAUAUAAAAAGGAAUGUGUUUUUAUUUACAAGAUCGUUCGGAAAUCCGUCAUUGAUGAGGCUUUGUAUAAUCUCGGAUUCUACGAAUUGGAGCACUCUUCGCAGAUGUCCCAGAUUAAGAAACUCGGAUGGGAUUCUCUGGAAGUCAAAAUGCGGAAUUGGAGAGCUGUUGUCAGGACCCCCGUCAAGACACUUUUCCGUGGGGAAAGGGUUCUUUGCGACCAUGUUUUCUCUAACUUAGAGAAAGAUAACAUUGGAGACGCUUGUUUAGCCGAAAUCUGUCAAGAUCGGGCUCUCUCCCUCUUCAGCUUUGUCGAGAAUGUAGCCAAGAAUAAGAAGAUUCUCUCCCCGGAAAAAAUCUUCAUGUUUUUGAACAUGUAUGAGGACCCCUCUGGGCUCCGGGAUGACAUUGAAAUGGUUUUCUCCUCUGAUUACUUCUCCAACGUCAAAUCUCAGGCGAAGACGUCACUUUUGAAGCUUGCGGAGGCGGUUAGGGUUAUGCUCACUCAGUUUGAGUCUGCCAUCGAUAAAGAUACUCCCAAGACGGCGUUACCCGGUGGGACCAUACAUCCUCUCACUCGCUACGUGAUGAAUUACUUGGUUGCCCUUUCCGACUACAGCGACUCGUUGGCAGAUAUCAUCGCCGGUAGUCCUUCAGCCCCUCGAAAUACGUUGCCAGCUUUUUACUUCGCCAGUCCCGAUCUCCGUAAUGGUCAUUUGCCGGAGAGGACGAUCUCCGUCCGGUUGGCAUGGAUUAUCCUGAUGCUCAUCUCUAAGCUGGACUGUAAAGCGGAGCUUUACAAGGACCACGUAGCGCUCUCUUAUCUUUUCUUAGCCAACAACCUAAACUAUACAGUUUCCAGGGUCAAAACUACACCCAAACUUGUGCUCCUUUUAGGGUAUGAUUGGAUAUCAACCCACGAGUCAAAAGUCAAGCAAUACAUUGAGAAAUACGAAAGGAUCGUCUGGGCCAAGACACUGGCGUCAUUCCCAAAUGAUCCGACAGCAGACAUUCCUUCAGCUAAAAUCACUGAGUGUUUUAGACUAUUUAAUGCGGGUUUCGAGAAGGCAUAUCAAGAACAGAGUUCAUGGGUCAUACCCGAUCCAAUUCUCCGUGACGAAGUCAAAGUUUCUAUAUAUAGAAAGCUAGUCCUCACUUAUCAAGUCUUUUACGAGAAGCACAGAACAGCAGCAGUAGAAUCAAUUAUUAGAUAUGCAACCGAGGAUUUGGUGAAUUGUUUGUCGGAUUUGUUCGUUGGUAAAGACACUGUCAGUCGUGGUGGUCCAUCAGGGAGUUCUACAGCGACGGUGUAUGAUGAGUAUUUUUCCAGAUUACCAUCAUCAUCACAGUCACCGUCGUCAUCAUGGGAGCGGUGACCAAAAAUUAGGUCCAUAGAGUUUAGAAUUGUUUUCCAGC